AUGCCAGCCGCUGAUCCCGCGGCUGAUAUUGCCUCCACCGCCGAAGUUGGUGUGCCUCUCGAGUUUAGUCGAUCGUAUACCUCGGAGGAACUCAAAGACCUUGCGUCUCAGUUCCACGCCAAGCGCGACGCUGUACCUGACGAUGGGAACAAAGACCCGGUCCUCGUCAAGCGCACCACCAGCAGAACCGCCACUGUCAGCGGUAUAUUCCAAUGUCCCCGUGGCGGACAGAUUUCCCGCUCGAUGAGAGCCCGAGCCACCCUUGAAGGUGUCACAAGUGCCGGGUCGGGGACCGUGCGCUUUGAGGACUUGCUCAACGUCGACAGCUGGUCGUUUGGAGACCAACUUCGCUUCCACGCUCCAGAAAUUGUCGAAAAUGUGGCCCGCCAUGGUUUCUGCCUCUCUUUCGGCAACACUAUCUGUGGAUAUUGGCUCACGUCUAACCUUCAAGCGGGCACUUUCGGCAAUGGUGGUCCCGGGUCUACCACUGUGGAUUUGACAGACUUUGAUCCGGAGGCCCCCUUUAUGGUUGAGCAUUGCAUCACUAUUAGCGGCGGAGCCGGCCAGUGCCCUACGGCGUCAAGCGGCCAGACGCAGCAGUGCACUCGCCAGACUUGGAGCGUGGGUCUUUGA